UUACUGUCAUGCAGUUAAAAAGCUAUAAUAUUCACCAUGUUUUUGAUGGGGAUCUAUGUGAUAAUAUUUGCUACCAACUUCUGCUAUUCCGGAGGACAUUUUGGAUAUAAAUAUAAAAGUGUUGAUCAAAGGCGUGUGACCAAAGACGCAAAUGGAAUACCGAUAUGUGGAGAUUACGAUUAUGGAUUUAUAGCACAUCCGGAGUAUUGCCAGGCUUACUAUGAUUGCAGUUCUACUUCCGGUCCCCUGUACCGACCCUGGGAUAAAGGAUUCCGUGAAUGUCCGUAUCCGAAACUGUUUAAUGCACAGACUUUAAAGUGUGAAAUGUUCUUUUACGUCAAAUGUGGAAAAAGAAAAGAAUAUAAGUCUGGAUGUGACUACUUUGCCAACCAGUGCUUACGUUCGCAUUGUAUUCCCUGCUUCAUACGCUACCCUAGCUGUGAGGGGUACAGAGAUGGAACCCACGAACAUCCAAUAAGGAGGGGCAGUAAGUGGAUGAUACACUGUUACAGGGAGAGGCUGAUGAAUUCGUGGUACGGGUGAAGGUCACUUUAGAAAUUGUACACACAUCGUGUA